AUGGCUGCGUUGCCAGGCGUCGGCCUCCGUGAGCGGCCUGGCGCUUCGGCAGGCCGCGCCUCGAGUGUGGGCGGUCAGUCCGUCAGUUCGUUUCCUCCACCUGUUUCGUACCCGUCUGGACGGCGGCGCUCGAGUGCCGUGACGGGAGUUGUGGGUCGGCGGCCCUCGCAGCCUGCGCUUUCCUCGUCCUUCGCACCUUCUCUCCUUUCUUCUGCCUCCUGGGAGUCGCUGCUGGAGAGGCGCCAGCAGGAAGAGCAGCAGGCGGCGCACGACCGAGAACUGAUCAUCGCACAGGACGCGGUCAAGGCAGAAGUGGACAGGAACGUGCAAGAACUGAGAGAGGCGGGGGACCAGGGAGAAGACGGCUUGAGUGAGGAGGAAGAAGAAUGGCUCUGCUCGCAGUUCAGUGGAUUCGAACGCGUCCUUCUCCGGCAAACUGUGCGCUCUUACCCCACCGCCCUUCCUGCUUCUUCGCUCCGGUCUUCUCAGAGUUCCUCCCCGAGGCAGCGGAGAGGCGACGGAGAGUCCCAUGAAGAAGGGAAGGCUGCGACAUCAAGGCAGACGGACGCGAACACGAGGAUCGGUCUUCGUGCGCGUGCGUCGACUCCUGCGGCUUCGUCUCUCUCGACUGCGGCCGCGUCUCAGGUCCCAGGGCCGACAGCCGAGUCCCGCGGGUCUCCGGCGCCUGGCGCCGUGUGGAGUCUCCUUCUUCCCUUCUCGCACUGGCUGGGUGUCUCUUGGGCGGCCGCGCCGUCGCCUGCGACCGCGGCAGGAAGCCCCAGCUCGCGUCUCGUCCCGCAACUGCCCCGCAAAAAGGCAGGCGCGCGUGUCUCUCCGUCUCUCGCGCCGUCUCUCUCCGUUCCGUUCUCCUUCUCCUUCACCGCCGCCGCGCGGCUCUUCGACAGGCGCCGGCGCGUCCGGCAACGCGAGAAGGCCUUUCUCCUCGAGCAAGAGAAACGCGACGAAGAAAUGCGAGUGAAAAUGUUUGAGCGCGCGAGGAAACGAAAACGGUCUACUUCGGCGAAGAACGCUAGCCGCGCCCGCAGGCGAGGCUGCGACGCCGUCGCUCUUUCCGGAGAGGAAGAUUGCAGCUACAGCGAGGAGGACGAAGAACUGGGCGACGGCGAGAAGACUGGAGGACACGAAAGAGACGAAGGCAAGACCUACAGCGCCCUCGCAGACUCGUCGGAUGCCGGCCGGGCUCUGCACCCGGACCCGGCGACAGCGCAGAAGGCGGAUUGCACGCGUUUGAUGGUUUUCGACUUUCUGUCGUGCCCGACGGUCUCGCCGCUGUCGGACGAGAAGCUGCCGCGCGCGCUGCUGCGUUUUCUGCGUCGCCGAGACCAGACGAACGGAAAGGAAGUACGGCCGGAGAUAGAAGAAACCUGCGGUCGAAGCAGUGGAAGUCCCUCUGAGGGCACUCGGGGCAGGCGGCUUGGAGGUGGAGAGAAGAAGAUCGAAGACCUCACAGAGGAGCUGGAAGAUGAAACAGCUGCUGCAGUCCCCCUCUUGGCGCGACGAGUCCACCAGCGGGUGUCGGAGUUGCCGCACUCGAACGCGAAGGCGAAACACAAUUUGCUUCACUAUCUGUUGGCGGCCCACAGUCUGGAGUGGAAGGCGGCGCUUUUGUCGGGGUACUCGAUUCUCGUUGAGGGCUUCGGCAGCAAAAAGCUUCUCCUCGACCUCUUUGCGCACCAAGCCCUCAGAGCGUCCUCGAAGACGCUAGCCUCCCCCCAAACGCGCCAGCAAGCCCAGCCGCUUACGCCCGCCUCCGGUGCCGGAAAGGGAGACGGAGAGGGUCAAGGCAAAGCAGUCAGUCCCGCACUGUCUUUAGAGAAGCUCGUGAAGGAAGUGCGCCGCGCCGCAAAGCAGCUGACGGUUCCCCUCUACUUUGUGGUGCACAACGUGGAUGCCCCGGCCCUUCGAGGCGAGGCUCGUCGGGCCUUCGCGUCCCUGGCUGCCUGCAGCAACAUCUACUUGAUUUGCAGUGCAGACCACCACAUGCACGGCCUGCUGUUUGACGGCGCGGAGUUGAGGAGUCUCAGCUGCAUGUACUACCGCUGCCACACCUACGUGGACUACAGGGAAGAAGUUCUCGGCUACUGGGGCUCCACGUGUCUCUUCAUGCCGCUCUGGCUGCGCAGCUGCGCGGGCUCCGGCGGAUUGGCCUCGAACGAGGGGGGCGCGGGCGGCGUGUGGGGAAGCGGCGUGAACUUUGCCGCGGUCGUGGCAGCUCUCACCACCAACCACAAACGCCUGCUGAAGUGCGUCGCGGAACGCCAGUUGGAGCAGCUCAAGCGCGGCGAAGGACGCGCAGUGUCGCUCGAGGCCCUCAGCGAUCCUCUUUUUGCGAUGGCGGGGAAUCUCGACAGGACGAAGAUUCUGCAGCUGCUCGUCGAGCUCACCAGCCACGGCGCCGCCGUCAAGACGGCAGUCGGCGGGCAAGAGGCCCUCUCCAUUCGCGCCACGCCGGCGCAACUCGAGCAACUCCUCGCCAUUCUCGAGCAGUACGGCAUCUGA